AUGGUUGACGUGAGGCUAGUUGAUUGUUCUGAUCCACCGGAAGAACAACCUGUCAGACCGAUCCCUGAGAUGAUGUUUGCAGUUGGAGAAGAACCAGUCGGCGUGCGUGUUCUCACCUAUCUCUCAUCCGGAGCCAUCAACAACAUUUUUAAUGCGUUAGAAGACGAGGAAGUACAGAUUAUACGAAGAUCUGCGUUUGGGAAAAUUCUGGAGAUUGUGGACAAACCAGUAUUUUCCGGGAGAUUCGCCAGAUUCAUACUAUCGAGGCAGUUGAAAACGAAAAAAAAACAUGAAGCUUGGUUCCGUUUUGCUGGUAAACCAAUACGGUUUUCCCUUAGAGAAUUUGCGAUUGUGACCGGUCUACCAUGUGGAAAGUUUCCAAUGAAAUCAAAGAUGAAGCUCAAAGAAACUAUUUCCGAAAAACCUUACUGGCCUUCCCUAUUUGGAAAAGCUGAGGUAGCUACAGUUGCUUCCAUGAUCAAGUUGCUUACGAGGCGUUCAGUUGCAGAUCGGGCUGUGCGCAUCAAAUACGCAUGCUUGGCGAUAUUAUCUUCUGUUCUUCUCCCAACAAACAUGAAGAUGAAAAUUUGUAGAGAACACGCUGAGGCUAUUGAAGAUCUGGACGAAUUUUUUUCUUAUCCAUGGGGAAGACUUGCUUUCGACAUGCUUAUGGGAAUUAUCAAAGAGAGAGACGAGGUUGCUCUGUCACAGAACACCAUUGCUGUUAAAGGAUUUGCACCUGCCUUACAGCUUGUGAUGGUUGAGGCCGUCCCCUCUCUUACUGAAGUUGUCCAAGAAAUGUGUUCUGAUUCCGAAGGCGACAGCAACGAAGAACAUGAUGGUAUGAGUGAGAAACCAAAUAGAAAGACUCUUAGUCCUGGUCAUGCAAGAAACGUUGACAAGGAAACUGAUUUAAGAAAUUUGCAUAGACUAUACAUUUUGGUUUUUGUUAGAAGUAUAAUUGAUGAAGACCCAUUGAGACCCAUAGACGAGUCAAAUUUGGUCUGGUUUGACGAGGAAGAUGAUGAGAAGGUUAACAACAUGGUAUAUCUCAUCAAUACAAACUUUCAGUUCACGAAGUCCAUGUUUGUUGGCGGGCUGAGUAAGUUAGAUGUAGAUCGCAUGAGAGAAACCGAUAAUCUGACAUCGAAGGCUAAGAAAUCGAAGAAACUGCCUGUCCUAACUCCUUCAAACGAUCCAGGUUACAUUGCUUCCCUUGUUAUUGAGAAAAUGAAACCAGAGUUUCAAACUAUGGACGGGAAUAUCAUGCAAGCUUGCAGGAGGGUAGAUUCAAUCGAGGGAUCUUUGGUUGGACUUGUUCACUCUGUCUUUGGGAAGUUAAAAGAAGAAAUGCUAGAGUCGGUUAGGCAUUUGAUUACUGCGUUGACUAAAGAGGAAGGUGCUGCUCCAGCAACGAUUCCACAUAACCUAACAAAUACAGCGGUUAGACAAAAUGGCAUUGUGCCGGAUUCAAAUUCGAGUCCUGUUAUAGAAGCAAAUGAUCAAACUAUCCGUAACAUUCUUGGUAAUCUAAGUUCGUACUCCACUCCCCCGAAUUCGCCGCGUUUAAGCCAGGCGGAGAAUCUCACUCCAAAAUAUAAUAAGGGAGGUUUAUAUUGUGAAGCUCGAGGUGAUAACGUUAAUGACAGUUUUGCACCUUCAGCUCAUAGCCAGAAUCAUCAACGGGCAGUUGAAAUAAAUCAACCAUUGGAGGAAGAGAACAGGGUACAUGGACCGUUGAUGGAUAUGCCUUCUUUUUCUCUCGGUCUAGCGCAAGAAGAUGCGUUGAAUGGGAAUCAUGGUAUUACUUUUAAGGAGUGUGUGCGUCAUCAGCCUGAGUCUAUUGUCAAGGCUGUUGACAACAUUGAAGUUCAACAUCAGGGUCGGAAAAACAAAAGACAAAAGUGUGUUCCUCAUGCACUUUUUGAGGAUUACGAAUGUGGUCCGGAGAUUGUUUCACGUGUGAAGAAAUCCCAGAACUUCAUAUUUUCAAGUCAUGAACGAAAUCUGAUCCAUAGGAAAUAUGCACGACUUUUACAGAGAGUCAACCGACAUUUUGUUUAUAAGGUCGGUGGAGUCUCGGUGUUAGGAAAAGAUAUUCUACUAAUUGCAGAGAGAUCGAAGUUUCUCACCUCAAAGGUUGACAUACUUAUACGACUUGUGCAAUAUACUGUUCAACAACAAUUUACUGCACAUACUCAGCACAGGGAUGUAUUUCUUGACAAUACAUAUGCCUCCGCAAUCACAAAGACAUAUCCCAAGUUUUGUAAGAGUAGGAAAAAAGAUACCUACAUUUUCCCCAGAGGAGUGGUUAAAAUAUUUACAACAAGGGAUGAUGCAUUCCUCCAGCCUACCCGGUAUUACUUUCCACUAAAUGUGGGGAAGAAAAAUUGGGUAGGUAUAUGUGUGGAUCACCAUUGUGGGAAAAUAACAGUUCUAGAUAGCAAUACCUCCUUGUUCACUGAUGCAAUGAUGGAGAAACAUCUACAACCUCACUUGCUUAUGUUGCCGUAUCUUCUCAGACUCUCUAUGCAAGUAAGUGGAACUGAUGAACCAAAGCGUUUUGCUGUUGAGCGUCCCAAAGAUCUUAGUCAAACCAAAAAUCCAUCCGACGCUGGGCUGAUGGCUGUGCUAUUUAUGUCCACCCAUGCUGUUUACGGUCUUGAAGCAUGCAAGAAUAUCAAUACUGAUGUUCUUGUGGAAGCAGGUAGGAGUGCUGCGGUUAUGGCUUUUGAGUGUAAAGAUAUGUUGUAG